AUGGAGGAAAUCAAGCAGUUAAAGGAUAAUCAAGGGGGCGGAAGGUUGAAACAAGUUAUAAAGGAAGCAAACACUACCCCAUUAACUCAGCGCUUAGCAAAGGCUCUCAUUCCCCAGAAAUGCCCAGUCCCAGCCUUCGAGUGCUACGAUGGAUCCAGUGAUCCCGCAGCCCACCUUCGGUAUUAUAAUCGAAUUUUGGCCUGGUGGGAUUAUGACGACGCCAUACCUUGCAGAUAUUUUCCUUCCAGUCUAAAGGGAUCCGCGUUGUCUUGGUUCGACAACUUACCACCAGAUUCUAUUGAUUAUUACGACCAACUCGCCGAAAAAUUCUUGGAAACUUACAUGUAUAACAAGGUCGUCAACACUGGAAUGGAUAAACUCUUCUCGCUGGCAAUCAAGUACAAGGAGACCAUCAGAGAAUACACUGAUAGGUGGCACAAGAUCUGUCAAGCCAUAGGGAAUGUGGAUCCGGUAGUUAGCAUCAACUGCUACAAGUGGGGUCUAGAUAGGAUGAGCCCCCUAUUUGUCGAAAUCCACGGAACCAUCCCUGCUACUGAGGGAGAUCUUCGAAUAAUCAUAGAAAAACAUGCCAGACUAGAGGAGAUUCAACGAGAAAACCCAAGAUCCCAAACCCAGAGGCCCCCACGGACCAACUCGGUAGAACAAUCCAGCGGGUCCAAGAGAGGUGGUUCGGAUGAACGAUUCAGCAAAGAUAGGAGAGAACGGAGAGAUGAGCGUAGACGUGAUGAUCGGAAAUUCGAAGAUCAGGUCUACACAAAACUCAACACCAGCUAUGCUCGCAUCUUAAGAGAGAUCAAGGGACGGGAAAACCUUGAUUGGCCAUGGUCAAAAGGAAAGCAGCCUCCAAGGUCGGAGAAGUCGAAAGAGUACUGUGAAUAUCACCUCUUCAAUGGCCACCAGACCGAGAAGUGCAAAAAUCUCAAAAUAAUGAUUCAAAAAUUGGUUGACGCAGGGGAUCUUAAACAGUACGUACAGAAGGUCUGCACCGAAGAUAAAGCUAAACGAAGCAAACAAGUCCAGCUGCCUGAAGGAAACCGAACCCUUAACACCAUCUCUUGCUCUGAGACCGCAGGCCCAUCGCUGACGGCCCAAAUAGGGAAGAGAUUAAGGAAGCGAUUCGAAGACUACUGUGAGCUGUACAAAAUCGAUGGGGUUGAAGUAGAUGAACACGAGCAUUGUAUGGAUGCACCUAUAGUCUUUGAUGCUGAAGAUAUCGAAGAAGAUAUGGAGGAUCGCAAUGACCCUUUGGUUCUCACGUUGCAUGUAGCGGGAUGCAAUAUUAGGAAGAUCCUAAUCGAUGGAGGAAGUUCAGUCAGCGUUUUGUUCUACGACACAUUCAAAUGGAUGGAGGUCAACGAUGAGCAAUUGAUGUCUUCGUACUACACUAUCUACGGGUUCAAUGGAGCAGCAACAAAGCCACUAGGGGACAUUGUCUUACAAGUGGAUGCAGGACCAAUGAAGGUUGACACUCGAUUCAGUGUAGUAGACGCCCCCUCACCUUAUAACGCCAUAAUUGACCACAGAUGGGUGCACAAGCUCAAGGGAGUGGCAGCGACCUAUCACCAGUAUCUCAGAUUUCCAACCCCCCAAGGAGUAAUGUAA